AUGACUGACGUUUUGUCAUCUCAUUGGCAACAACAAUCUCACCACCGAACAACAAAUCUUACGACCACCACUCACCCAAAUUAUCGUCGUACAUUACCUCAUGAUUAUUCUCAAAAGCCUACAACAUCUCGAAAAAUCACCGUUUUUCGAAAUGGUGAUCGAUACUUUGCUGGUAAACAAAUCUCUGUUGCACCUCAACGAUAUUCAUCGUUAGGCCAACUAUUACAAGAUUUAUCGAGUACAGUUGAUUUGCCAUAUGGUGUCAGAAGGCUUUUUACUCCAAAAUCUGGUUCAGAGGUAACUAAUGUACAAGUUCUGAAAGAUGGUGCUUCCUAUGUCUGCGCUUCAUUUGAACCGUUUCAAAAACUGGAAUAUAAUAUGCAAAUGGUGCCAAAAGGAACGUUCAACAUUGAUCAAAGUGAGUGA